UUUCAAAGUUGGCGGCCGGCCCGUUUGCGCACGCGCACUCCUCCCAAUCGUGCGCACAUGGCUCCUCCCGAGCACCACGCUACCGGCUAACUCCGUCAGUCAGUUACAAGCAAGCACGGGAUAGGUCUGCUUGUACCAUCAUUAAUUUCGUCAAACCCAAGAUAUAGAGAGAUAUACUUUGAAAUUAAAUAUAUUUUUGUACGAGUGCAACACUUUUUAACAAAAACAGAACCGUUUUAUAUGUCUCUAGUGACUCCGUUCGAUUCUUGAGAGAUUUACGGAGAUUUAACAGUGUCGUGUUUCUAGAGGUUUUCCGCACCGCCAGAUUUUUCUCCUGAACUGUGCUAAGGGUGAACAUGCCGACCAGUUUGUUCUCAGAUAUGGAACGUUCCAGCGGUAUCGGUGACGAGAGGGCUCUCCAGCUCGCGUUGGAGCUUUCCAUGCUCGGUUUCACCGACCCCCUGUCUUCUGUAGGUGAGACUGAAAGUCCUGGUGACAUUUCAUCUUUCGUCAACCCCCUUGUCGGUCUUGAGGAAGUUAGGUCGAAGAAGAGCCAGAAUAUGACCGAGUGCGUUCCAGUACCCAGUUCGGAACAUGUGGCUGAGAUCGUUGGAAGACAAGGUUGCAAGAUCAAAGCUCUACGAGCCAAGACAAACACAUACAUCAAAACGCCAGUCCGUGGAGAGGAGCCAGUAUUCGUUGUGACCGGACGCAAGGAGGAUGUAGCCAAGGCCAAAAGGGAGAUCCUCUCCGCAGCCGAACACUUCUCGCAAAUCAGGGCUUCCAGAAAGAACAACUUAGCCGGAUUGGGUUCAGGUGCUAGUACACCUCCUGGUCCACCUGCCAAUGUACCAGGUCACAUCACCAUUCAGGUCAGAGUACCAUAUAGGGUUGUAGGCUUAGUAGUGGGUCCCAAAGGCGCCACCAUCAAGCGAAUCCAACAUCAGACCCACACCUACAUCGUGACUCCCAGCCGUGACAAGGAACCAGUUUUUGAAGUCACCGGACUGCCAGAGAAUGUCGAAGCUGCGAAGAGGGAAAUCGAGGCACACAUAGCCAUGCGUACGGGCACCGGAAGCUCCUUGAACGGUUUGGGAAACCUAGGCUUGGACGACAAUGACCUCAUCACCUCCCUUUACAAAUCUGGCCUCAACUCGAUCAUGAACUACAUCGAUUCAGCGACUGAUCCAUUUCCGACCAUGACUUCGUCAACAGGCAGCACUGGAGCCUUCUCAAGCUCCGGAUCUUGUUCUAGCAGUUCCUCAAAUGCAGGAGGUCGAGGAGACCUUGGCGCCAUCUGGAGUUCGAACGACAGAGAUGAAGGUCUUGGGGAAUCCCCUAGUUUCGAUAGUUCCACCGCUAUCUCGAGUAUCUGGUCGUAUCCUACUGCUUCAGUAACGUCAAGACCUUCACCGCCAAACAGCGCAAGUCCUUCCGAUUCUCUGUUAGGUUCCUCGAAGUGUCUGGUGUGCUCCGAAGGCAAGGUGACCCACGCCUUGGUGCCCUGCGGUCACAACUUCUUCUGCAUGGACUGCGCGAAGAGGGUCUGCGAAGGCAGCGAUUCUUCUUGUCCCGUCUGCUCGAUAAGGGCCAUCCAAGCCAUCCGCAUCUACUCCCCCAACCCUUAAGUUGGCCGAUCGAUGAUCUCGUCGCUCAUCCUACCUACCCCUACACCCCCCCACAUUCCCCUUGGGCCAUCGCGACCCGCGCCCUGUGUUCAACUCCGCCGCGCACGGCAAUCUUCGAUCCGCACCGGAAUACAACGAAUGCUAAAGUCCUAGAGAAAAGUUUCUUUGAUUGUGUUGAAUUUAUAUUUGUUUUUAUUUUAGAUUUUUAUGGGUUUUACGAUCUUACUGUGCGCUUCGAAGCAUUGCCGACGGGACGGACGUAGUCAACAUAAUAUGCCAGUUCUUGAAUAUUAUAUCACUGUUUUUUAGUGUAAGAAUUGAAUAUUGAUUUAUUUUCCUCCUUUUAUUUUGUAUUUUUAUAUGUAUUUGAGAAAUCGAAAUGAAUUUUCGCCACCUUCCUCUGAUAAAAAAAAGACAUCUUGACGCGACACUAUAUUAACGUAAAAAUAAAUGUAAAUUUUAUACAUAUUCGAUGAUAAGUGUUUCGUUGUUUUUUAAAUAUAUUUUUUUAAGUUUUGCCAUGUGAAGUGUCACAUUAUUAAAGUCUGAAUCAGCAAUUCUCAAAAUAUUAUUUAAGUAUAUAUUAUAUAUAUUAAUAUUUAAAGUUGAAAAAUAAUAUAUGAAUAAAAAUAUAGCAAAACCUUAAAAUGAAAAAAUAUACGUGAAUAUGGCAGUGAGCAUAUUUAGGUUUUGAGAAGAGAGAAAAGGUGGAUUUCGCGUGAAUGUGCGACGAGCAAACGAGAGUAUGCAGCGGCGGGUUUCUUGGGGGGGCCAAUCGGCUGUGAUCUGAACUGCCACGUCGUGAAAGCUCCGACCAUGGGACCACCCCCAAUAAUAACUACAUACAUAUCCCUUAUUGUUAGUUAAUCGCUCUUGUUGCUAUUGUUCUGUUAUGUCAUGUGAUGUGAUACAUAUAUUAAUAUAUUAAGUAAACUAUAUUUCUUAUAGCCUAUAAGUUAUGAGAGAUACUCUAUUUGGUGGUCAAAGUCGGAGGUUAGCGCACGCUGCUGAAAAAAGUUUUCCCUCUGUCCCCGGCCCCCCUCCCAUCUAGGGGGCUUGCGGGGGCAGAGACACAAUCCCCACUCGAAAGAAUGCAUCCUUUCGGCUCGAAUUUUCCAUUACUCACCUACUUUUAUUAUUUAAUUUUUUUUUAUUUUCAUCUAAAAAGAUAUUCGGGUUCUUUCGGGUGUUGCCGCAACUAUCUAUUUUCACCGUCAUCCUAGGUUUGCGUGGCCCCCACCUGCGUUCUCGUGCUCUUUUUCAUUCUUCAGUAUUCACACAUCGCUAUUUUGGAUCGCCGUUUCAAUGUUUCUUUUUUUCGUUCAAUUUUAUUUCAUGUACCUUUCUUGCGGACAACAUUUACUUAUAUCCUUUUUUUUAAACUCCAUUUUUGCACGCCACUGGUAACGCUGACUGAUCGGCUGCCCUCGACAGACGUCCUGCUUAGAUUAUAUAAUUAAUAUAUCUUAUUAUAUCACUUAGGAUAACAUAUAUUUGUUUUUAUUUAUUUUUUUAUUCAGCCAAUUAAAAUUGUCGUUAUUAGAUAAAUUUUAUAUAUUUUAUAUUAUUAUUAUUAAUAUUAUCUGCGUGGUCAGUCAGAGGCACCCGAAGGCGCAGCGUUAUCUCGAACUUCGUUUGUUUAUUAGUAGGACUGUAUAUAAGUUGUUGUUUUAUAGCUAUUAAUACCAUAUUUUCUGGAUUACCCCAGAUGAACCUUAUUAAUUAUUAUUAUUUUAUUUUUUUACAUAUUUUUGUGAAGAUAUUUAACUAUUAAUGUUAGUACAAGUACAUGUUCACACACGUGUGCAGAGUGACUGUUUGAAAUAGUUUAAUUGGAUUUUUGAUUAAUAAUUAUAUUUAUAUUGAUAUUUUAAAUGAUGAAACAAUCCAAAAGGUGAUUUUUUUUGUCUUUUUCUAUUGAUUUUUUGAAGAUUAAAUGUAUAAGUGUGUUUUCUAUUUAGAAAUUUAUAAAUUAGUACGAAUUUUUUAUGAUACGACUGACCUACGCUUAAGAAAUUUUCGCUUUCCGGUCAUCGUCUAACGAACGUCAAAAGGCAAAGCUGGUAUUUAUUUUUAUUUAUCCUAUGAAGAAACCACAUAAGACUAAACCAAACUUUGCCCUUCGACCAUAUCUUAGAUAACUAGCGAAUAUUUAAGAUAUUGACUUUUUAAUAAAAUUGCUACCAAAUAUUGUAAUAAAAUUCGUGAUUUAUA